AUGUCGUACAACGGACCUCCAGGGCAGGGACCUCCGCAUAAUACCCCUCAGCAGCAGCAGCAGCAGCAGCAGCAGCAACAGGCGCAACAACAUCAGCAACAGGCGCAACAGCACCAACAGCACCAACAGCAGCAGCAACAGCACCCUCCCCAGCUUCACCACCCACAACACCAUCCCCAUCCACAACAUCAGCAUCCUCAAUACAUGUACUAUCCUCCGGGGCAUGCUGGCCAUCCAGCACAUGGACCACCUCCUCACCAGCAACAACAGCCACAGCAGCAGCAGCAUGGCCCACCACCACCACAGGCCCACCCCCAGAGCCACGGCCCACCACAGCAGCAGCAGCAACAGCAGCAGCAUCAGGCGCCUCCACCACCCCAGCAACAGCAGCCGUCAAACAUUCCCCCGCUUGCCCAGGCCCACGUCUGUAUCUGUCCCAACGUGACGCGUGUGCCGCGGCCCAGAAACGCCUUCAUUCUGUACCGACAACACCACCACUCGAUUGUGGUGGCCGAAAACCCCGGCAAGUCCAACCCAGAGAUCUCAAAGAUUAUUGGAGAGCAGUGGCGAAGCCUGGCCCAGACGGAAAAGGACUUUUGGGUCCAGCUCAGUGACGAGGAGAAGAGGAGCCACCUGGAGCGCUUCCCGGACUACCGCUACCAGCCUAGACGAAACCCCAAAAAAAAUGGCGGUGAAAACAACAGCGGCGUGUGUCCCGUGUGUAGAGGAAUCACGUCAGCAGGCGCGGGUGCGGGCAACACAUACUCGCCCCGGCACAGCAGCGGAGGAAGCAGCGGCAGCGUCGGAAGCAUUGGCAGCAUGGGCGGAAGUGUUGGUGGAAACAGCAGCGGCAGCUUCAGCAGCAUCUCGAGCUCGCACUCAUCUUUCGAUGCCUCUUCAGGCAUGCCCUAUCCUCCUCCUCCGCCACCUCCCCCACAAGCAGCGCUCUUCCAUCCCCAUUAUCCACACCCGGCUGCUCGGUAUAGCUACCCCACGAGCGUUGAGCACGUCGCAGCCCAGACUAGACACAACUCAGCACCAGAAACGUUCUCGGCGUUGCCCAGAAUCGUGCCCAGAGACGAGCUGGAGAUGGAGGGCCGGGAUCGGGCUGCCUCCCACGGCCAGGGCCACCAGGGCUCCGUCUCAGGACCCCAUGGACCACCCAACUCGACUGCCCCCACCUCGGCAGCGUCGUCUUCCUCCCAACCGCCCGGCAAGCACAUCAAGUUCGAGAACACCACACCCAAACUGUCAUCACAGCCCCUACAAUACUCCCCCGCAUUUCAUUCGCCGCUCAGCCUCAACUCGCUGACCCACCGAACGCGUCUUCCUCCCACCCAUGCGUUAAUCGAGGAGGACCAUGCUACCAAGCGACGCCGAACCUCAUCGUACCACGACCCGCUCGCCCCCCAUCAUUUGCCCCAGCAACAGCGGCGGUCCGUGCGGUACAAGUCGGCCAUUGCGAUUGCCUCUGGCCGCAUCAGUCCGCUCGUGGCCGAAGAGGGAGGUCCCAUGAGUAUGCGCGAGAAGGCAGACGCACUCAGCAUGCUCUGUGAGCCUCUCCCCGGCCAGGUGAGUGAGAGAAGCAGGAUUGUGGCCAUCGAGGGAGGAGGAGAAUGGGGAAGAAAGGUAGUUGACAGCGUCAAGGAGAAGCUUAGCAAUGCGAGCGUUGCCGGCACAGCCGCCACUGAACCUGCAAAGGUGGAGCCCACAGAAGCUAAAGGAAAAGAGGCUGAGGUUGCCGAUAAGAACGAAGCCAAGGCUGAGACUCCUACCGAAGUCAAGAGUGCAGAGGCUGCUGACAGCAAAAACGCGCCGACCGACUCAAAGUACUCGUUUGUCACCCUGCACAACAUUGCAGGCGCGUCAGACACCCCCACAACCUCGACCAACCCCUCAACCACCCCCGCCAACUCGCUGGCCUGCAUCAUCAACCAAAAACCCGACUUCAUCACCGACGGAUUCGCGUCAGCCAUGUGGAAUAUCACGUGUUUACAUCAGCUCGUGUCCAACUACUUCCAUUCGGCGCAACACAAGACUUCUCAGCCUGGCGUUGUCCUGCUACAUGGCUAUCUCGUGACGAUUGCCGACAAGUUUGUUCAGGAGCACUUGAUGCGACAAAGCCACACGUCGACAUACUCGGAAGAACACGAAUCGGAAGCCAUGGAGAGAUGGAAGAGAGACACCUCUGUGAUCCCCGAGGAGUCCGAGAGUGGAUCGCCGGCGAGCGUAGGAGGAAGUGGACGCUCGCCUAGCGUGGCGAUUGCUCCUCAUGCUGGCGCAGAGCACGAGCUCUCGCGAGAUGAGCCCACCUCGGCCACACGUGACCCGACACGUGAAAGUGUGUCACAUGACCCUGUGCACAACGCGCAUCCCCACGUGACGUCGCAUCACCAACACGAGACGCGUGUGGCUGAGCUGGCCCACGAGUCGCGCGGCUCCAUCUCACGUGAUUCUCCCCACCACCACGGCUCCGUCUCACAUGACCCACUCAUGUCUCGAGCGUCCGUCUCUGAGAGUGUGUCUUCGGCCUCGGCCUCGUCGUAUCUCGAGGAAUGGAUGUCCAGUGCCAAUUUGCUUCGAGGGCUUCCUGCUCCCGACAUUCUCAUCUAUCUGCAGGCUGAGGGCUCCGAGUUGGAGUCGUCGGCAGUGGAGUUGAGAGGCCAGGGCAAGCUGGUGGUGGUUCGAGGAGACGACUCGAUUUUCGAAAAAGUCGUGGACAAGAUUGUCCACAUUAUUGAAGCAUUGUAA